GUACACAACAAGCCCAUCACAGGCAUUAGCUGGACACACUCGCACCUGGUAUACACAUACUGUGUAGAGAAGCUGCCCAAUGAAAAGUACCGAAAUGCCAUCUGCGCCACAGACCUCCGCACAGGACGUGUGCACACAGUGAGAAGCAAUAAGCACACCGAAAGUGCAGGCAUCACCGGCUUAUCCUUUAGUCCCAGCUGCAG